ACACAAGCGACAUGAUACUGUACAAUUCAGUCUAAGAAUGAGAAAAAUAAUCCACACAGCUAGUUAGGCACAGAACAGUCCCUCGGUAAAACAACCGUCCGACAUUGGUAACGAGAAGAAAACAAAACAAUGAACGUGUAAACAAACACUUUACACACGCCAACCAGCGAGCUGCAAGCAAAGCAACUUCCGGCUUCUUAAGUAGAAGAUGACUGGCGAGAGGCUUUCAUGACACUUUUUUUUUUUGGAACCUUCCGUCAACAAGGUAAUUAAUCUGCGACUGUCGACCUUUUGUUGAGGUCACGUGGGGUGGUGGUGGUGGUGGGGGGUCCCGGCAGUGCGCAUGCUCGGCGAAGGUGGCGGGGAGUAGAGUCGGGGUAGCUGGGUGUGUGGGGAGUAGAGGCGGUGGGUAGUUCGGUGUGUGUGGGGGUAGCUUGGAUGUGUGGGGGAGUAGAGGCGGUGGUAGUUCAGUGUGUGGGGGACUAAGUGUCGCUGCAGCGUCCGCUGGUGGUGCGGCAGGCGUGUCGACACGCGGUGGCUGUGUGCACGGAGCGCCAGCAGACGUCACAGUCUCACCCCUGACUGUAAACAUCUGACGCCCGAGGCGUCUGCACUCAGCGACCGGCCUGCCCUUCGUUCGGAUGUACAGCCAUGACCGGGGCUGGGGAGCCUGCACUCUAGUUUGCGGGGACCGUUUGGACUAUGAAUAUGUAAUCAACAAAUCAUCUUUCGUCCUCGUCACACACAUCACAGCCGUCAACAAGCAAAUGACCCACCAGAUAUUGUAAGGACACGUGACAUGGGACUGCCCUUGAGAUCAGGGUGACGAAGUAUUACGACACCACACUCGAGAAUGCUCGACAGGUAAAAUUCUCUUAAUGACACCGUCCCGACCACCUGUGGACAGGUAUGCAGGUGAAGCAGCGGUCAGUCCUCGACAUGUCCUCGACAUCAGAGCCGGAGAGCGCGAGACAGGAACUAGAGCAGAACCUACAGAACUACAUCGUUCAGACGGGGGACAAGAUGCAAGGAUUCUUGGAAUGGGCGGCGGAGCACGCCAGCCGUCUGUACCCGGAUGUCGGACUAAAAAGCUACGUGGUGCCACCUAUCUUCGUCCACCAACAUAGCUCGCGGUACGAUCACACCACCGGGGCCGACAUGAUGCAACAUUUUCAGAAGAGUUCUCCCAAGGGAGAGAAAGCACAUUACUACGUCACACGGGCCAUGGAUCUGCUUAGCAACAAGCUCAGCCAGCCGCUCUUUAUCAUCAGCGGCCUCGAGUACGACAACAUGCUGAAGUGGGUGCGUGCGCACCCGGAACUGACGCCACACGUCCCGGAUGAUGUGGAGAAGCGCGGAGACAUCGAUAUCAUGGCCAUUCACCCCCAUCAUGGACUUGUCUUCAUUCAAGUAAAGGCAGUCGGCGACAAUCCCGCCUCGCACACAGACGACAACAUCAAAAUGAGAAUCCUCCAAGGAGGGCGACAACUCCGCAAGGACGAGAACGUCUUCCGGUGGGUUUUACAGGACUGGCCCGAGGCCCGCGACUGCCGUGUCACCCGCGUGGUGGCGCUUCCCAACCUGUCACGUGAGGAGGUCACGUGGCCGCUCUCGGACCUGGAGCCCGAUUCGGAGGAAAGCCACGACGCAGACGGGGUUCUGCUCAUGUGCAAGGAUGAUCUCCCUUACCAAGGGCCUGACGUUACCGCCGCGGAAACGGAUGUGACGCAGCUGCUGCGCUGGUGGGAGACAAACGUGUCGCACGUGAACAGCCCCCUCCCACAAAAGUUUAUGAAGGACAUCGUCAGCAGGUACGUGGGGUUGCUGUCCGCCGUGGUGGUGUACACAGGUAACAACAUCCGGCGGGAGGUUCGCAGCAAGUCGGAGGCGGCUGAUGUCUGCGGAAUGAUGUUCCGCCGCGUCCUCCUCAACGAGCAGCAGAAGAAAAUCCUGACCCAGCCAUGCCAGCGCAGGUAUCUGAGCGGACCCCCGGGGUCUGGUAAAACGGUCCUCCUGACACUGCGCGCGCGACAGUUCGUCCGCCAGGGGGGUCAUGUCGUCGUCAUCAACAUGUACCGCGGGGCCAAAGGUCGAUCCAUAGGUCACUUCCUGGCCGAGUCCGUGGCCAACUUCAGUGUUCCUGUCCCAGCUGACACAAAGAAAUUCAAGGGAAAGGGAAAAUUCAAGAAGAAGAAAGUCGAUGAGAAAAGUGACGACAGCAAAGCCACAGCUAUUGCCCAGGAAAUAACCUUUGACCUAUCAACCAGAGUUCACGCAGUAGAUGUUGACAUCAGCGAACAUAAGUUCGACAAAGAGAUCUUUCUCGGCGAGAUUCUCCGCUACGUUCCGAACGACGUUGACUCCGAGGACGUGAUGUUCAUCAUCGACGAGAUUUACGUCAAAGACUACUGGUGCUACGUGCUGGAGGCUCUGGACACAAGGUUCCCCCGGAGUGUCAUCUGGUGUGCUGGCUUGUACAGCAGGAACCCGCCAGGCUUCCUGCAAGAAGACCUAUUCGUCGUCCUCCGAUGCCCGCCCAGCGUUCAACAGGUUCUUCACGCCGUGGACUGGGAUUCGAACCGCAAGACGAACUACAAGCUCGAGCCCAGCGAUGAUGGAUUGUUCGCCGCGGGUCUGACACCUUUAUCCGUGCGUCACGGGGACCACCCACAGGUAACACUGACCGAAUGCAGCCUGUGUGCAGAGCAGCUGACCUUUGUGCUGGAUGACCUCUUGCCCCGGAAGGUGCGCUGCUGCCGCGGACUGUCGUGGGCUGACGUCAUCAUGCUUGUCAGUAUUCCGCGUGAACUGUAUGAACCGGAUUCGCGAGGGUUCCUGGAUACCACGCGGCAGGACUUCGACAACUACAUGGCGUACCUGGACACGUGUCCACUGGUCACAGGUCUCGCGAGAGAAAAGUCCCGGUGAGGGUUGUUCGCGAACUGCAGUGCUACUCCCUCUACCAGCCCGAUGGGGUGUCCCUUCCUGCAGCCUGGGUGUACACCUACCAGGGCCUGGAGACCAAAGUCGUUAUCUACCUUCCCGGGGAUACCCCAUGGAAGCUCGAUAC